AUGAAAAUCAGCGCUCGCUUCGUCCGUGUCACCUCGUCUUCGACCGAGCUCCUCCCCUGCUCAACCCUGAAUCUGCUCCCUCCACUACACCCCCUCCUCCCCUCCUUCGCCGUUCACCGAGAAACACUCGCCGGAGAGGUACCGCAGCGACGGGUGACUCUGCAGCGACUCCCUCUGCCAGACUCCUCUCUCCCCCCCUCCUCCUCCUCCUCCGGCUCCGAUCCCGACUCCCUCAGGCGGGACGACUUCGCCCUCCAGUUGCCAGAGCUGAAGAACCUGCUCCGGGUGCUCAAGGACAAGAGGGAGCGCUCCUGCGGCUGCGGCGGCGAGAAAUGCGGGCCCGGGAACGUCUACUUGGUGGGGACGGGGCCGGGCAAUCCCGAGUUGUUGACUCUGAAGGCGGUCAGGGUCAUCAAGGGCGCCGAUUUGUUGCUCUACGACCGGUUGGUGUCGAACGACGUGCUGGACUUGGCUGGCCCCGACGUGAGGGUACUCUACGUAGGGAAGACUGCCGGGUACCAUAGCCGCACUCAGGAGGAGAUCCAUGAGUUGCUUCUCAAUUUUGCGGAGGCGGGGGCUACUAUUGUUAGACUCAAAGGUGGUGAUCCUCUGGUAUUUGGGAGAGGUGGGGAGGAGAUGGACUUUCUGCAACAACAAGGCAUUCAAGUACAAGUUAUACCAGGUAAAGAUGAGCUUCAAUCACAUGCGUCCUUUAGGCUUGAUUUCAUCUUCUUCCCCACUGCUGAGGAGUCUAUUGACUACUACAACCAGAACAGAUGUAGAUAUGUCAAGUACUUUGAACGUGUUUUGACAUACUUCAAUGGAGAAAACCAGCAUGGGCAAAGUUUGAAUGCCAUAUUGUACAGUUACAAUAAGAGAAUAGUUAUCAUUUUUGCUGCAGUCCUUUUAUGCGACAUGGAGUUUUGCUGGCAAUGUUCGUGUGUGGAUGCAGAGCUGAUAAAUAUUGGGCAGAAGCAAGGUGCUCUGCAAGAACUUCACGAUCUUAUUACCUCAAAGAGAUCUUGA